AUAUAGACGAGUGUGAGCAGCCAGAGGUGUGCAGUGGGGGGCGAUGCAGCAACACAGAGGGCUCAUACCACUGUGAGUGUGAUCCAGGCUACAUCAUGGUCGGGAAGGGACUCUGCCGAGAUAUCAACGAAUGUCGUCACCCUGGCACCUGUCCUGAUGGGAGAUGCGUCAACUCCCCUGGUUCCUACACUUGUCUGGCCUGUGAGGAGGGCUACAGGGGCCAAAGUGGAAGCUGUGUAGACGUGAAUGAGUGUCUCACCCCCGGAGUCUGUGCCCAUGGGAGGUGCAUCAACCUGGAAGGCUCCUUUAGAUGCUCCUGUGAGCAGGGUUAUGAGGUCACGUCAGACAAGAAGGGCUGCCAAGAUGUGGAUGAAUGUGCCAGCCGGGCCUCGUGCCCCACAGGUCUCUGCCUCAACACUGAAGGCUCCUUCACCUGCUCAGCCUGUGAGAGCGGAUACUGGGUGAAUGAAGACGGCACUGCCUGUGAAGACCUGGAUGAGUGUGCAUUUCCUGGAGUCUGCCCCACAGGAGUCUGCACCAACACCGUGGGCUCCUUUUCCUGUAAGGAUUGUGAUGAGGGCUACCAGCCCAGUCCCCUGGGCCACACCUGUGAAGAUGUGGACGAGUGUGAAGACCCCCAGAGUAGCUGCCUGGGAGGUGAAUGCAAGAACACAGUUGGCUCCUACCAGUGCCUCUGUCCCCCUGGCUUCCAUCUGGCCAAUAGCACUAUGUGUGAGGAUGUGGAUGAGUGUGUGGGGGAGGAGCACUGUGCACCCCACGGGGAGUGUCUCAACAGCCACGGGUCCUUCUUCUGUCUUUGUGCACCUGGCUUUGCCAGUGCAGAGCAGGGGACCAGCUGCCAGGAUGUGGAUGAGUGUGUAGCCACAGAUCUGUGUCUGGGAGGGCACUGUGUGAACACCGAGGGCUCUUUCAACUGUCUGUGUGAGACUGGCUUCCAGCCCUCCCCAGAGAGUGGGGAGUGUGUAGAUAUUGAUGAGUGUGAGGACUACGGAGAUCCAGUGUGUGGGACCUGGAGGUGUGAGAACAGCCCUGGCUCCUACCGCUGUGUUCUGGGCUGCCAGCCUGGCUUCUACAUGGCCCCUACUGGAGACUGCAUUGACAUAGAUGAAUGUGCCAAUGACACUGUAUGUGGGAACCACGGCUUCUGUGACAACAUGGAUGGCUCCUUCCGCUGCCUCUGUGACCAGGGCUUUGAAACCUCGCCUUCAGGCUGGGACUGUGUUGAUGUGAACGAGUGUGAGCUCAUGCUGGCUGUGUGUGGGGCUGCGCUCUGUGAGAACGUGGAGGGCUCUUUCCUGUGCCUGUGUGCCAGCGACCUUGAAGAGUACGAUGCACAAGAGGGGCACUGCCGUCCUCGGGUGGCUGCAGCUCAGAGCAUCCAAGAGGCCCCAACAGGGGAUGAUGCCCCUGGCACCAUCCACAUGGAAUGCUACUCUGAGUACAAUGGAGACCCACCCUGCUCCAACAUCCUGGGCCAGAACUUCACGCAGGCUGAGUGCUGCUGUACCCAGGGUGCCAGAUGGGGAGAUGCCUGUGAUCUCUGCCCAUCUGAGGACUCAGUUGAAUUCAGUGAGCUCUGCCCCAGUGGCAAAGGCUACAUCCCUGUGGAAGGAGCCUGGACAUUUGGACAGACCAUGUACACAGAUGCUGAUGAGUGUGCACUGUUCGGGCCUGCUGUCUGCCAGAACGGCCGGUGCCUCAACACUGUGCCCAGCUAUAUUUGCCUAUGCAAUCCUGGCUACGACUACGAUGCCUCCCACAGGAAGUGCCAGGAUCACAAUGAAUGCCAGGAUAUGGCCUGUGAGAAUGGUGAGUGCGUGAACACAGAGGGCUCCUUCCACUGCUUCUGCAGCCCCCCACUCACCCUGGACCUCAGUGGGCAGCGCUGUGUGAACAGCACCAGCAACACAGAGGACCUCCCUGACCAUGAUAUCCACAUGGACAUCUGCUGGAAAAAAGUCACCAAUGAUGUAUGCAGCCAACCCUUGCGUGGGCACAAAACCACCUACACAGAAUGCUGCUGCCAGGAUGGAGAGGCCUGGAGCCAGCAGUGUGCUCUGUGCCCCCCCAGGAGUUCUGAGGUCUAUGCUCAGCUGUGCAACGUGGCCCGGAUUGAGGCAGAGCGAGAGGCUGGAGUCCAUUUCCGGCCAGGCUAUGAGUAUGGCCCCGGUCCAGAUGACCUGCACUAUGGCCUCUAUGGUCCAGACGGGGCCCCCUUCUACAACUACCUGGGCCCUGAUGACACCAUCCCUGACUCCCCCUUCCCCAACAUGGCCAGCCAGCUGGGAGAUACCACACCAAUCCUUGAAUCUCCUCUGCAGCCCUCUGAGCUCCAGCCCCACUAUGUGGCCAGCCAUCCAGAGUUGCCAGCCGCCUUUGAAGGACUUCAGGCAGAGGAGUGUGGCAUCCUGAACGGCUGUGAGAAUGGUCGCUGUGUGCGCGUGCACGAGGGCUACACCUGCGAUUGCUUUGAGGGCUUCCACCUGGACGCAGCCCACAUGGCCUGUGUGGAUGUGAAUGAAUGUGAUGACUUGAACGGGCCUGCUGCGCUCUGUGCCCAUGGUCACUGUGAGAACACAGAAGGUUCCUACCGCUGCCACUGCUCCCCAGGUUAUGUGGCUGGGGCAGGCCCCCCACACUGUGCCGCCAAGGAGUAGCAUGAGGGGUCUGUGCAACUACCUGGAAAUGGCCUCCAGCCAUAGGCAGGAGCCUUGAGGAUGCUUUCCUAGCUGGGAAGACACUGUGAUGACAUCAGGCCAGAGAGCCACAGCCCAGCUCCGUCAGCUUUGCCUGCUUUCACCUUUUCCAGCUUAGGCUCUGGCUGUGAGCUUGUCACUGCCUCCAUGCCUUUGCUUGGCUCAAAUACC